AUGUCAACACUGUCUUUUGAUUCUCUUUGCUUAAAAGAUGAGGACUGUCCUUCCCCGACUCAUUCUCAAGACCUGGAUGAUGAGUUUGACUCAGACCUGGAGUCAGAUGGUGACGAGAAGAAUAACCAGGAGAUGUCCACAGCUGAAGUGUACAUGCAGGCCUGUAAGCUGGUGGGUGUCGUGCCCGUUUCCUACUUCCUUCGAAACCUGGACUCUCCCACGAUGAGCCUCGCCCACCACGGCCUGGGACCCCUGGGCUGCCGGGCACUGGCCACCGCCCUGGUGACUGAUAUGACCAUCAACACUCUGGAGCUGGCAGACAAUCACAUCCAGGCUGAAGGAGCCAAAUACCUGGCAGAGAUGCUGAGGGCCAAUUUCACCAUUCAGCACCUGGAUUUAUCCAAUAACCAUCUGAAAUCUGCAGGAGCUGAGUACGUGGCCAAAGUGCUGCUGGAUAACAUCUCAUUAAAAUCUAUUAAGCUUUCAGGUAAUAAGUUCAAUGACGAUGAUGCAAAAUAUUUUGGAGACGCCUUGUCGACUAAUUCCAGGAUAAAGGAGCUGGAUCUGAGCCACAAUGAGUUUUGUGGAAAAGGAGGGGAACACUUGGGCCAGCUAUUAGCCAACAAUGAAGGUCUGGAGGUGCUGGACCUCAGCUGGAAUCGCCUCCGGAUGAAAGGAGCCGUGGCUUUCUGUGCCGGGUUGAAGGUGAACAUGAUGCUGAAACACCUGGACUUGUCGUGGAACGGUUUCGGGAACGAGGGGGCCCUGGCUAUGGGGGAGGCUCUGAAAUUCAACAACACGCUGGUGCAUCUCAACCUCGGCAACAACCGACUCACGAACGAGGGGGUCAGCAUGCUGUGCAGGGGUCUGGAGUUCAAUGACACACUCCGAGUACUGCUGCUGGCUUAUAACUCUUUAACAGUAGAGGGAGCACUGGCCCUGGUCAACGUGGUGAAACACACACCAAAAACUGCCCUGGAGGAGAUCAACAUAUGUAACGUCCUGGUAAAUGAGAACUUUGUGCAUCUGUUGGAGCUGACAUGUCAGGAGCAUCCAGGUCUGGAGGUGCAGUACGGCGGAGUCGGAGGCUUCAUCGCCAAAAAACCGCCAAAACGCGUUGAUCCGAUGAAAGUUAUUCAGGAUUAUCUGGAUCAGCGCAAGCUGCGUUUGUGGGAUUUCUUCCGGAACAUUGACAAAGACGGAACCAUGCGAGUCCCUGUUGCUGACUUCAGGAAAGCUGUUCAGCAAUCGAGCAUUCCUUUGGAUCGCUACCAGAUCGAGGAGCUGAUCCAGAGACUUGACCGCGACAGGACAGGAAUGGUGGACUACAGGGGACUGGCCGACACCAGGAAGCAGAUGAUGAAGGAUCACCGUCGUCAGCUCAGGAAGGUCGAGUCCCGUCAGAAGAAGGAGAAGCAGAAGAGUGACCGCAUCCUGAAGACCUUCCAGAGCGCCGUGGAGGCCGUCACGCCCGGUGGCUCCAUGGUCAUGUCUCCCGGAGGGCCCAAAGAAGACUCGAGCGGCCCCCAACACUUCUCUGCCACCCCCCUCAGCUCCUGGCACCACAUCGUCAUGUCCAACAGCAGCCGCUACUCCGUCACCAACCUCAGCCAGGAGCACGUCCACCUGCCCGCGAUCGGGGGCUCCACGCCGUACCGCCCCACCAGCUCCCCGGCCGUGCGCUCCUGCUCCCAGCCCAACCUGCUCUCCGACUCCCCGCGCUCCCCUCCGGGGAAGUCCAUCUCGGCUCAUGGCGCCCACUCCGAUCCGGAGAUGGGCCACAGUAAGCUCAGCCCCACGGCCAACAGCCUGACCAGGUCCAGACCGGCUCUCAACGCCAAGCAGCCCCAAGGGAAAGGCAGAACCAGGAGGGCCCGGAAAAAGAAACCAAAGAAGCCUGCGGAGAAAGACGCCAAGAUCCGUACCAAAAUCAAAUGA